CUGGGCCCAGACCCCACCUGCUUGGCUGGAAUCCCACCUGCCUCAGUGGCUCCUGCCUGACUCUCCAGGAGGUGGGGACAGUGACAGAGGCACUUCCUCAGGGGCUGUGGGCAGAUGCGUGGCAGGCUGCCCUCUCGAGCGCCUGGGAAGGUGGGGUGGUCAUCCCGCUCCAAGCGUGCUGGGGCCUUGCUCAGUCCAGGGCCAGGUCGAAAUUGGCCUGCACCCACCACGCUUCGCCACUGGCAGUUAGUGUCCAGCCAGGAUGACCAGGGCCCGGUGGCCCGGGGUCCAGGAGAGAGAGGUCAAGGCCUUGGGCCCUGAGUCCCCAUAGGAGGAGGUGGUGCUUCAGAUAACCCGGAAGGCUUCCUGGAGGAGGAGGCUUUGAGAUGGGCCUUGAAGGACAGAGAAAAUUACCCAGCAGUGUUGAGGGAUCAGACAGCGCCACUAUUUCCACCUCUUCUGAGCAGAGUGAAGGACUUUGUGCAUCACUUAUCGGCUCAGAGCCUCAGUGUCGUCUUCUGUGAGGUGGGGAACACCUCAAGGUGGCCAGCCAGCAAGAGGCGGGGCUCAGACACACCUGCCUCAGGGCCUGGGCACAGGACCUCUGCGAGGCCUGGGCUCCAGAGUAGAGGGACAGCUGACUCCCCCAGCCGCCCUCUGCAGCCGGGGGGCUGGUCUGGUGCCAGGGUCCCCAUUCGAGGGGCAAGAGCUGGUGACAUGCAGGGUCCAAGCAGAGCACUCCUCCUGGCACACCAGCUGAGCUGGCUCCCUGUCCCCUGCAGGGCCAGGAUGGGCGAGGACUUCUUCUCCCAGAUGAAGAAGAUGGUUUUGGCUGUGGGCACAUCCCCAUUGGACGUAGACCUGCUGCCCACCAACUUGAGGCACCACGGCUCCUUCAACUAAAUCACGUUUGAGAACAUGCAGAAGUUCCAGGCCUUGGGGCAGCUGAACGCCAUCUGCAAGGUCUUCCAGACCCUGGAUGAGGACAAGAGUAGCUUCAUCGAGUGGAAUGAGAUAAAGUACAUCCUGUCCACCAUCUCCGGCAGCAGGUCCACCGCCCCACUGAUGGACGAGGAGGCUGAGGCCGUGAUGCAGGCGGCCGACAUGGACGGGGAUGGAAGGAUUGACUUUGAAGGUGGGGCAGCAGAGAUGAGAGGGGCAGGGAUACCUCUCAGGACCUCCCUGGCCACUCCCCACCCCUGCCGCAAUCAUUCGCACUCAGGCCGUCGGUACUGAGUCCAGCGCCUGUCUUGGUGCAGGGCUGAGCGGGCUCCCCACUGCCAGGCGUGGACCCCAUGCCCUGAAGCUGACAGCGGCCUGUGGAGGUCCACAGAUGGGGAGACUGAGUCUCGGGGAUGCUGAGUGGAGCAGGAGUUUCACCGGGCCCGGGGGGCUGCUGCGGCGCCUGAGCAGAGGAGAGGUGGUCCAAGCUGGCUUUGGGGAGGGUCAAGGGGGCA